UAUGUAAAUAUGUAGUCUAAUGCAUCUGACUUUAGCCAGAAAAAGAAGAAGAAAAGAAAUGCUCUAGAAGAAGAAAAUAAAAAAAAAAUGGUAUGGUUAUUUUGGCCGUAGGAUAAAUAUAGUUGUCCUGCACUCCUGCCCUCCCUUUCGGGUACAAUUACAUUGUUGUAAUUACCCUGCAGGUUAUCUUAUCCACCUUCUUCCUUAAUCCUGUUCAGGAGGACAAUAAAGAUAAAUAUCGAUGCCUCCUUCUUUCUACAAUUUUCCGGUAACUCAAGGAGGACAAUAACUCCAUUAUUGUGCUCUCUUCCUUCUCCUCGAUCCGGCUGUUUUUCUUUAAAAAUAUUCCUAUUCAUUUAGUACCCGAUUUGAAAAUUUAUAUAGCUGAUCCAACUUAUUUCUGAUUGAGGUAUUCAAAAAAAGCUUAUUUAUUUUGGAGUUUCUAUCCUCUUCAUAAACUAUCAGGAUUUAUCACAUUAGUUUGAAAUUACGACGUUGCUCAUCGAUACCAUUCUUGGUAUUCCUCUUAAAACAUCUUCACCUUCAAGUUUUAAUUGAUCAUUUCCUGCAUGCAUGCAACGCAUUAUGUAAUCUCAACCAUCACAUGCAAUCAGGGUGGAGCAACCGAGCAAGGUGGAAUGUUCAAUGAAUUUCCUUUAUCGCAAAAUUUUACCAUGUAAAUAGAUACUUUUUUAUUUCUUCAUAUAUACAUAUUCUUGAAUCACCUUAACAUCAAGGUGAUUCAGGGUAAUUCUUUUAACCUACUUAUCAGAAUUUGUGGCUCUGUCACGUCAACUGCAUGCAAAAUGCAUUGGUGGCAGAGCGCAUUCUCAUCUUCCGCACGAUCAUCAUCAUCCUCCAACAGGAAGGUUCAUUCCGAUGAUAGCGUGAUCGUCACGCGUGGGAGCGGCCGUGGCGUGCUGAAAUCAGCACUCUUCGGCACGCGUAGUCGUAUCCGUCAAAUAUCACGUAAGAAGAAGAAGCCCGGGCAACACCACCACAACGACGUCGUAGAUGACUGGCGUUCUCAAUGUUCGUAUGAGAGUUCUCCGGUGGAGGGUCGCCCACCACCGCAGCCUCUCCCUUUGCCGGACUUGGAUGUCAUACUACGUCAACAUCCUAAUUUGGUUCAGGCCCCAAGUGUACCACUUCCUUCGCCUAGACAUGGAGUUUUGCAUCAUAAAGGUGGAGAGGAAACGGAAAGGGAAAAAGAUAGAGAAAGGACGGAUGCUUUCAAUGGCGAUGCACAUAAUAUUAACAGCGGAACAACGCGAGAGGGCAGACUAUUAAGCCAAGAUGCUCGAAAGAGAACAGAGCACUCUGCAACUCCGUUGUCCAGGAAGAUGCCACCUCGGAUGCUGCUUGUCCCCGACAGAAUCCCUCCUGAUUUCUGGACAAGUGCUCCGACGAGUCCUUAUGCAAGUCCUGCACAUAGCCAUUUAAAAAGUGGCCAUGAUCAUACAAUGAGCCCUCUUUUCGUGACACCUCCGAGUGUUUUUCAAGUUUGGUCGGCCCCGGAGAUGCCUCCUAAUUCGGAUGCCCAUCAUGGUUUAGGUUUCUCUUAUAACCAUGCUUUUAGUAGUGUUGAUAGUUCUCCUCUUCACAGUCCAAGAUUAAGUCCUCAGCGAAGAUCCAAGAGUCCAAGUGGACCUGCUUCACCUUUACAUCAGCCACUACCAAAUGAUCAUCAGAGUCCAAUGGCGCGUCGCGAGAGUACUUGUGCUCAAGCCAAUGUUCAUCCUUUACCCCUUCCUCCUCUAGCUACCCCUCCCGUUUCACCACCUGCCCCUAAAACAGAUAUAACACCUGUUAAAAGCCAGUGGAAAAAAGGAAAGCUUAUUGGUCGUGGGACAUUUGGAAGUGUUUACGUAGCAUCAAACAGGGAAACAGGAGCUUUAUGUGCGCUGAAAGAAGUUGAAUUAUUACCAGAUGAUCCAAAAUCUGCUGAGUCUAUAAGGCAACUAGAACAGGAAAUCAAUGUUCUCAGCCAUCUCAAACACCCAAACAUUGUCCAGUAUUAUGGAAGUGAAAUAGUUGAUGACAGGUUUUACAUUUAUCUGGAGUAUGUUCAUCCUGGGUCAAUCAAUAAAUUUAUCCAAGACCAUUGUGGAGCAAUUACAGAAUCCAUCGUGAGGAAUUUCACACGCCAUAUUCUUUGCGGGUUAGCUUACUUGCAUAGUAAAAAGACCAUUCACAGGGACAUUAAAGGGGCUAAUUUGCUUGUUGAUGCUUAUGGGGUUGUCAAGCUUGCAGAUUUUGGGAUGGCUAAGCAUCUAAACGGGCACUCAGCUAAUCUCUCUUUAAAAGGAAGUCCUUAUUGGAUGGCCCCUGAGCUCUUGCAAUCGGUUAUGCAGAGGGAUAAUAGUAGCGAUCUUGCCUUAGCUAUUGAUAUAUGGAGUUUGGGUUGUACUAUAAUUGAGAUGCUGAAUGGCAAACCACCAUGGAGUGAAUAUGAAGCAGCUGCAGCAAUGUUCAAGGUUCUAAAAGAUACCCCACCAAUACCUGAAUCAUUAUCACCGGAAGGAAAAGAUUUCUUGCAUUGUUGUUUCCGUAGAAAUCCAGCAGAGAGGCCAUCAGCUAGCAUGUUGCUAGAACAUCGAUUUGUGAGAAUUUCACAUCAGCCAGAAGUUCCUUCUUUUGUCCAGCAACUUAACGGCAUAAGACUCACAGAAAAGUUGCAUUCUCAAAGGGAUCAGCUAAGUUAUAAACUUGACUCAGUGCAUGUAUCAUUAGAAAGAUAGCAUCUGGAAAGAGCUGGCAAAGAAGUAAAAGUUGCGAUCCAAAGAUGGAAUACUCAGAUGGGCAAAUUCACUUUAAUGUCUGCCUGCCCCCCGCUAUUUUGCUCGUUCAACUCCCAUGGUCGUCCCCAGUUCAUCCCCCAUUAAAGAACAGAGGCAUUCUGGGCCGACUACUCUGAUUACAUGCCCAUCUGGUUCAGUGGCUUGGAAGCAAGCUACCUAUACUAUCUUCCGAAGUUCUAAAUAGGUGUACUCAUCUUUAUUGAUGUGGUUUUCUAAAGAGAUCAGGACUUUGUGAAAACAUUACAGGCCUUUAUCAAUGUGCUCUAUAGAUAGAUUGGAGCCAUAGGGAGUUGGAGCCAGGGGGUACUCCCCCCUCAUCAAUGUUUAGAACUUGAGAGGAAGAUAGGUUUAUAGUCCAGGGAAAUUGCCCUGCAGAGCUUCGAUCUUAUCUUUUGUGUAUUAAUUGAAAAAAUUGAGCUUCCACGACAACUAUACAGAUGCAACGACAAAAAUCAAUGAUACUGAAACCCUUUGAAAGUUGUAUGAGUUAA